AUGUUCAACUCGGUGGGCCUGGGGAACUUUUGCUCGCCCGCGCGCAAGGAGCGAGGCGCCGAGUUCGGCGAGCGGGCGAGCUGCGGCUCUAACCUCUAUCUGCCCAGCUGCACCUACUACGUCCCCGACUUCGCCCCGGUAUCUUCCUUUCUGCCCCAGGGGCCGUCCCGGCAGCUGACGUACCCCUACUCCUCCCAGGUGCCACCCGUCCGGGACGUCUCUUACGGCCUCGAAGCGACGGGCAAGUGGCCCUCUCGCGGGGGCUACUCGUCCUGCUACGGCCCCGAGGAGCUGGUCGGCCGAGACUGCCUGCCCCCGGCCGCCGUGACCGAGCUGCUGCUGAAGAACGAAGCCGCCUCGUACGCGGGGCAUCCACACUCACUCCCGCACCACCCGGCCGUCAACGCCCCGGCCCCGCCGUCCGGCUUCUACCCGGCCGUGGGCAAGAACAGCGUCCUCCCGCAGGCUUUCGACCGCUUCUUCGACCCCGCCUUCUGCGGGGGCGACGGGUCGACGGAUCCCCCCGCUCCGGCCGGCGGCGGGGGCGGCCCCAAGGCCGAGGCGAAGGCCGCCGACGGAGAGUCUCCGCCGGGAACCCUGGCGUCCCGGCCGGAGUCGGGCUUGGAGCCCGAGAAUGAGGAGUUACACACGGACCCUAGUUCCACCGGCUCGUCGCUUUCUGCCGCCAGCAAGGAGGCCGGGAAAGGAAAUACCGCCAACGCCCCCCGCGCUCGGAAGAAACGCUGUCCUUACUCCAAGUUUCAGAUCCGGGAACUGGAGCGUGAAUUUUUCUUCAACGUCUACAUCAACAAAGAGAAGAGACUGCAACUGUCCAGGAUGCUAAACCUGACAGACCGACAAGUGAAAAUUUGGUUUCAGAACAGAAGGAUGAAAGAGAAAAAACUCAGCAGAGACCGUCUCCAGUACUUCUCGGGAAACCCUUUACUGUAG